CGUGGCAGAAUAGAACCGCCGGACCUCGAUGUGUUGCACUCUCUAGAUUCACCAAACAGUCGCACAGACACACUGGAGCAUGGCUUGUCAGCAACCCUUCUUCAAUCCGAGAUUGCCAUUCACUGGCUGUAUCCACGGAGCUCUGCGUGAGGGGAAGACCAUCACUGUGACAGGGAGAGUCCUGCCAGGAUCCCAGAGGUUUUAUGUGAAUUUGCAAUGUGGCUCAAGAGGAAAUCCCGACAUAGCCCUCCACUUCAACCCCCGAUAUGAUGAAUCCAAAGAUGUUGUGGUCUGCAACACCAUGCAGCACUCAAAGUGGGGCUCAGAGGAGCGUGAAUACCCAGCAUCCAUGACCCGGGGGGCCAACUUUACCCUCAUGUUCCUGGUCAACAGAGAUUCAUAUUCACUGAUUGUGAAUGGUGCUCACUUCAUGGAGUACCUGCACCGGCUGUCGUUCUCCAGAGUGGACACCAUCACCGUGGAUGGGGGAGUGGAGAUCCAAUCCAUUGCCUUCUCCAACCCUGCAGUGACAUCACCUCCUCCCCAACCAGGAUAUCCUGUCCAUCCACACAGUGGUCAACGGAACCGAACUAAAUCUCAUCAAAGUAAACCAUGUCCCAAAACUCCUCCUCAAUGGUGUAAUGCCACACAGGCUUUCUCGGCUGCGUUUUGUGCCCCAGGACUUUUUCAGACACCCCCUCCAUACACCCCCCAGCCAUCCUUCGUUGUGCCAUAUAAAAAUAUAAUGGUAGGUGGACUUUACCCAGGCAGAAACAUCAUCGUCCAGGGUGUGGUCAACCACAACGCUGAUAGGUUCUAUAUUAACCUGCGUUUCAACUCGGGGGUGGCGCUCCACUUCAACCCCAGGUUUAAUGAGAACACUGUCGUGCGUAAUAGUCUCCUGAAGGAACAGUGGGGUCCAGAGGAGAGGAAAGGGGGCAUGCCCUUCUACAGAGGCCAGCCUUUUACGGUGACAAUUACGUGUGACACCAAGUGCUACAGGGUGAUGGUGAAUGGAGUCCAGAUGUUCAGCUACAACCACCGCCACUUCCUGCUCCAGCAGAUAGAUAUCCUGGAGGUGGAAGGGGACGUGAGCCUGUCCUCUGUGGUGUUCUAAGUAAUGACUCUGUCCUCUGUUAUGGUUUGAGUCACGUACACUGGGGUCAAAGGUCAACAGGGGUAGGAUCUGAUCAGGACAUUAUAAAGACUGAUGGGUGAGAAAUCAUCUCUUCUGUGUGUGGAUGUUUUGCUAUGUGGCUGAUGGCGAAUGUUGAUAUCAUGUUGGGCAAGAUGUUUUCAUCAAUAUUUUCAUCUCUUUCAUAAACUAUUUAAUUUAGAGUAGACUAUGUAUAAAAUAGUCUUCUAUUUAUCAAAUUCCACGUACUUACUGUAUGUCUGUUCUCUCUUACCGACAAUGUUUCUACAUCAAAUAAACUUCAAUAUUGGAACUAA